AUGGCUGACAAAUGCAAACGUCAUUCUGUGUCGGAUCCACUCUCCAAGGAUCUCGUUGAGUGUCUUCGAGAGUCGAUGCAACGGGAACUCAAGUUUGAAACACCAUACGUUUUUGUUGUAUUCGGAGCUUCUGGAGAUCUUGCCAAAAAGAAGAUAUACCCAACACUUUGGUGGCUGUUCCGUGAUAAUCUGCUUCCAGUCAACAUUAAGUUCGUUGGAUAUGCACGCUCAGAUUUGAUAGUAUGCCGUCUUCGUGAAUCUUUCGAAAAGUUCUGUAAAGUUCGUGAAUCGGAGAGGUGUGCAUUUGAUGAUUUCAUCAAGAAAUGUUCCUAUGUUCAGGGGCAAUACGACACAUCGGACGGUUUCCAAAAGCUUCAAUCUUCAAUUGCCGAUUUCCAGAAAGAGAGCCAUGAUCAAGCUGUCAAUCGUCUCUACUAUCUCGCUCUCCCACCAUCGGUUUUCAAUGUUGUCUCUACUGAAUUGAAGAAAAAUUGUAUGGAUAACGGUGAUUCCUGGACACGUGUUAUUAUCGAGAAACCAUUUGGACAUGAUUUGAAAUCCUCGUGUGAGCUGUCUACUCAUCUCGCAAAUUUGUUCAAGGAAGAUCAAAUUUAUCGUAUUGAUCAUUAUCUUGGAAAGGAAAUGGUUCAGAAUUUGAUGGUUAUGAGAUUCGGAAAUCGUAUUCUUGCUCCUUCGUGGAACCGUGAUCAUAUCGCCUCUGUCAUGAUCUCAUUUAAAGAAGACUUUGGAACAGGUGGUCGUGCUGGAUAUUUCGAUACGGCUGGAAUUAUUCGUGAUGUAAUGCAAAACCAUUUAAUGCAGAUUUUAACUCUUGUGGCAAUGGAGAAACCAGCCAGUUUGAAUGCUGAAGACAUUCGUGAUGAGAAGGUCAAAGUAUUGAAAGCAGCGAAAGUUGUUGAAUUGAAGGAUAUAGUUGUUGGUCAAUACGUUGCCAAUCCAGAAUUUGAUCAUCCAGAAGCAUCCCAAGGAUAUAAAGAUGACAAAUCAGUUCCAGCUGAUUCAACUACUCCAACAUAUGCUCUCGCUGUUGUUCACAUUAACAACGAACGAUGGGAAGGAGUUCCAUUCUUUUUAAGAUGCGGAAAAGCACUCAACGAAAAGAAAGCUGAAGUUCGUAUACAAUUUAAGGAAGUCAGUGGAGAUAUUUAUCCAUCUGGAGAACUAAAAAGAUCUGAAUUGGUAAUGAGAGUGCAACCAAAUGAGGCAGUUUACAUGAAACUGAUGACCAAAAAACCUGGAAUGGGCUUCGGAGUUGAGGAGACUGAACUCGAUUUGACUUAUCACAACAGAUACAAGGAAGUUCGCCUUCCGGAUGCGUAUGAGCGUCUCUUCCUCGAAGUUUUCAUGGGAUCUCAGAUCAAUUUCGUACGAACUGAUGAGUUGGAGUACGCGUGGCGUAUCCUCACUCCAGUUCUUGAAGAACUUGAGAAGAAGAAGAUUCAACCUGUUCAGUACAAGUUUGGAAGUCGUGGCCCAACAGAAGGUGACGAUUUGAUGCAGAAAUACGGUUUCCUCUUCACUGGAACCUACAAAUGGGUUGCUCCAAAGCUUUGA